AUGGACAGAACCGCUUCAGCUACGCUCACUUUGGUGGUUUUCUUCCUCUGCUGGAGUUGUCACGCCAAGGACGAUACUGAAGCUCAAUCCUGCCCAGAAUACCAGGAAGGUUUCGAUGGCUCGUGCUACGAGUUUGUGGAUGUGCAGCGAUCCUUUCGAGGUGCUGAGGAAUGGUGUGAGCGAGGCGGAGGACACUUGGCCUUUAUCCUGAACGAUGAGACGCAGCAGUUCCUUCAGAAGCACCUGAAGCCUGACAGGAACUGGUGGCUCGGAGUGGCACCUGCUGCUCCCAACCUCACGCUUGACUCUGCUGCCACUGAGGGUGUUCUCGCUUGGUUGGACAGCUCAGAUGUAAGUUACAGUAACUGGGUUAACUUGCCAGAUGAUCAAGCAGCCUGCGCGCAUGUCCUGAGACACUCAGGCUUUCAGUGGGAAGCUACAGAAAACUGCAGCCAGGAAUUUAACUUCAUUUGCCAAUUUGAUUCUGGGAGAUCAAUUGCAUGUGAUGGCCAAAACGCUACACUGCAGUGUGGUUCUGGUCAAGUUAUAGAGAUUGAUGACAGUUUUUACGGUCGUAAAACAAUCCACUACUGCCGAUCCCAACUUACACCCUCGCCCACGUCUUCCCAGGAAGAGUGCAGCUGGAUGGAUGUAACAGAUUAUGUAACAGCUCACUGCCAUGGACUGCAGGCUUGCCAGGCUGGAGUAGAUCUGAGCACUUUUGGUGAACCAUGUCCGACGCUGGGAAGCUACCUGUCUGCAGAGUAUCGCUGCAAAAAUGGGCUUCAGCUGCUGAUGAGUAAACUUGCAGCUGUCUUCGAUAAUGUCACCAUCACCGUGAAGUGGCUCCUUCAUCCAUUCCAGGGAAACUUAACAUGCACAGUGAAUGCUGGGGAUGGCCACACUAUUGAUCCGUACAGCCCAGAAGAGAUGGAGAGCACAAUUAUACACAAAUUCACACAUCCUGGUGUCUUCCUGGUUGGAGUGGAGUGCACUACCAGUGACUGGAAUGUCGCAGCUCAGAAGUCCAUAACGAUUCAGGAGCCAGUUGGAGAAUUCAGUGUGAUCAUGUGUAAUGGCCAGAAUAUGUCAACAGGUGGCACUAAAUGCAUUGCCCUCUUCAAUAUUCCAGUUCAAAUCCAACUUGCAGUGGAGGCAGGUACAAAUGUUUCCUACACAAUUCAUCAUGAAGCCCAUUUAGUCGCAAAUCAAUCAGUGGGCAGCGGAAAAAUGCCACACAAUAUUACCCUGAAUGCAAGCAUGGUGGAGAAGCUCGGUCAUGGUUGCCACAACUUCACCUUAGCUGCAUCUAACAAGGUCACAACCCGCACGGUGUCUGCUCAUCUAGAGCUGUGUCUGCUGCAUCCCGUUGAAGGCCUGCAGGCCUCUGUGAUUGUGGAGGAAGACGUAUGUCCCGACUCGUGUGAUCUCAUCAUUAACAUUUCACUGGAGCGAGGGGCCCCCGUGGAGCUGCUCUUCACACUCACUGGAGCUGAGGACACUCUGUCGGAGAGCAGAGACAUGCUCGCUGAUGGCUUGCAAACUUACACAUUCUCCAGCCCACUUAAAGGAUCUUUGCAAGUGAACGUAAGAGCCACCAAUGGUCUUUCAUCCUCUGAUGUCGAUGUGGACUUAGACAAGAUUCUUGAGGCUUGCCAGAAUUACUCUGACUUUUCACCGAGCACCAAUGAACAUACAGCAGAUAAUGUGAGUGACAGUGACUCUGCUGACUUGAAAAUAAUUGCUACUCCUGACACUUUGGUUGACUACACUCAGAGGGUUACACUGACAGUAACUGGAACUGAAUCACUGCCUAGCAAAGAACUGGCAUAUGAAUGGGAAUGCAACAAGAAGGAGCCGGGGUUUGUCAAGUACACACUUCUGAUACCACACCCCGAGCCAACUGAACCACCUACAAACUCAGUAGUCACAACUGAUGCACUGAUGGAUCCCUCAGUGCCCUCAUGUAGCAUCUCCCCACCGUCAGGAACUGUGCUCGAUGCUUUUGACAUUACCUGCAAAACAACUUCUUUCUGCUCUACAGGCUGUCUCUAUUGCUUCAAGACCAACACAGGCACACAUCUACGAUGCAGUACUUCAAAUGAGGUGAGGUCAGUCUUCUUGCCUCUCGGCGAUGCCAACAACAAGUACAGUUUGUCUGUUGUGGUGACUGUGAAAAAUGAGCGAAAAACAGCAACUUCAACUGUCAUCACUCAGGUACGGAAAGGUGACUCCAGUGCCUCCGUUAGCACUCUCCAGUCUGCAGUGGAGGACUCUGUGAGUCAGUUAGAGGAGCAAGGUCUGCUCACCGGUGAGGCGCUUGGACAAAUAUUUGCUUCUGUUUCCGAUAUGCUGAAUACAGUGAGUGGCCAACAUCAGAGGGACGAGCGGUCAAAGCUGAGAGAGCAAAUGCUGACCAGAAUGAGUACAGUUCUGCAGGACUGCCCCAGCAACACGACUCAGGAAGUGCAAGUGACCGCCAGAGCUGUGGCUGGGCUCACGCACCGCUCAGAGGAGCUCAGUCCUGCUGCUCAAGAAGAAGCGGGUUCUCUGUUGGUAGACCUCAGCUCCUCCCUCAACAGUAUCAGCAUCAAUCAGCAGAGCACAGAUGAUGUAGAACUGGUGCAAGCAGCUGCACCCAUAGUUGAAGCAGCCAGUAAUAUUUUGAAUGUUUCAUCAAAUAAAAAAGUCUCAGAGUUUCUUCUGACUGGGAUAAAUAAUGUCCAGAGUGCUCUGCUGAAUAACAAAGAGCUGAACGGAGAGCCUGCCAUCAUUGACUCUGGUCAAAUCAGUGUGUAUGUGAACAGGAUUUCUCCAGAAAGCAUGCAAAUGCUGGAUAUAAAUGCUCAGAAAAACAGCUCCUCGAGUUUUUCCUUCCCUGCUCUUCCUCCUCAUAUUGUCUCUCCAGAUGAGCCAGUGGACGUCAGAAUGAUGAGUUUUGAGAAGAAUCCAUAUUCUUGGAAGGAGGAGAACAUCACAGGAACUGUGGGAUCCGUUUCCCUCACCAGAGUGAAUGGCAAUGUCAUUCUUGUUGAGAACUUACCUGAAGAGAUAGAGAUUCUCCUACCCCGGCUUGACAGUGGACAGGAGAACAGCACAGUCCUGGACCUCGCCAAUUUCAGCACAUUAAUAAUUGACGUUCCCUCUCCGGAUGUAACACUGGUGCUGAAAACUGAGCCUUCUGAAGACAUUUCCUUCAUGCUCUUCCUGGGAUAUAAAGAUUAUCCAAGUGAUAAGGAUUAUGUAGCCAAGACAAAGAUCCCUAUAGAGAGCGCGAGAGAAGAAGAAAAAUUUACUUGGGUGCUGAGUCCCAAAGACAGAACAGAUGAUGUUGGUGUGCACUACCUUGUUAUAAAGCCCAUUGUAGAGCCAGGAAUCAAAUCCAUCAACGCCAGUGUCACUGUCAUCUCCAUCGCUGCCCAGUGCAAAUACUGGAAUGAAACUGGGUCUUUUUGGAGUGAGGAUGGCUGCAGGGUUGGUCCACUCACCACACCUUUGGUCACUCAGUGUCUCUGUAACCACUUGACUUUCUUUGGCAGCUCCUUCUUUGUCAUGCCUAACUUAGUGGAUGUGUCACGCACCGCUGAACUUUUUGCUACAUUCACAAACAACCCCGUUGUGGUGUGUUUUGUCGGAGCCAUUUUUUGUGCUUAUCUAUUGGUGGUGGUAUGGGCGCGCAGGAAAGACAUGCAAGAUUCAGUCAAGGUCAAGAUAACAGUUCUUGAGGACAACGACCCCUUGGCUCAGUAUCGUUACCUGCUGAGUAUUAACACAGGACACCGACAUGGGGCAUCCACUUCCUCUCAGGUAACCAUAACUCUGCUGGGUACAGAGGGAGAAAGUGAGCCCCACCACCUGACAGAUUCGGAGAAGCCUGUGUUUGAGAGAGGUGGGGGGGACAUGUUUCUGCUGACCACACUCUUUUCUCUUGGAGAGCUGCAGAGCAUAAGACUGUGGCACGACAACUCAGGAGAUCACCCUGCGUGGUAUGUUAGCAAAGUGAUGGUGCAGGAUCUGGAGACUGGUCAAAAGUGGCACUUUCUCUGUAACUCCUGGCUGGCUGUAGAUAUGGAAGAGUGCACUCUCGACAAGGUAUUCCCAGUAGCAACGGAGGUGGAUCUAAAGAGAUUUAGUAAUCUGUUCUUCAUGAAGACAGCCAAGGAUUUCCGUGACGGCCACAUCUGGUUCUCUGUCAUUAGUCGACCUCCAUGCAGCACUUUUACACGUGUGCAGCGAGUGUCCUGCUGUUUUUCCUUACUGCUGUGCACCAUGCUGACCAGCAUCAUGUUCUGGGGCAUCCCCACAGACCCCUCUGAGCAGACGAUGGACCUGGGUCACAUCGAGUUUACCUGGCAACAGGUUAUGAUUGGAGUUCAAAGUUCAAUCAUCAUGUUCCCCAUCAAUCUGCUCAUCGUGAGUAUCUUCAGAAACACUCGACCUCGAGAGAAAACCACCAAAGCAGAUGCAAAACAGGGGAAGACUGUCCGAGUUUCUCCCUCACAGACGUCGUCCCCACAGAAAGAGAUAAAGGACAUCACACCAGAUACCGUGAUGAAGGACAUAAAAAGAAUUGCUCAGUCUCUCUCAAAGGCCAUGAAGAGCCCACUGCUACAUCUGGAGCUCCAUCACGGUCAGCAGGCUGACAUCAACAGUCUGCUGUCUCUGGUGGAGGACAUCAUCAGACAGCAAAACCAAGCCGCUGAAGACUUCUACACUGAUUCUUCUAAAAAAGAUCAAGCUAUGAUCCUUAGUUUGGGUGCGGUGAAUCUGCAAGAAACCAGUGUGUGGGAGGGCUCUGAAAAAACUUUAGAUCUAGCCCAGAAGAAGAGCAACAAGAGCCGGUACCUGUAUAGGCAACUGCAGCUUAUCGAGAAGGAGCUUGGUAUGUUGGGACCUUCUCAGUUUCCAAAUCCAGACAGCUACAACCGAGCCAUGCAGCAAGUUCAUGGAAUGAAGGGGCUUCUGGAAUACCACCUACCCAUGUCAAUCCUGGAUGGAGACAAGCUCAGCUGUUUCCCCGGGCCAGAGGAGAGUCUUGGUGGGAAGAAGAAAUGCUGCCAAGGAGGGCUGCCGUGGUGGUUUGUGUUUAUCGGGUGGAUACUGGUGAUUGCAACCAGUGGUGUGUCAGGAUACUUCACUAUGAUGUAUGGGCUGACUUACGGGAAAGACCGUUCUAUAAGCUGGCUUAUUUCCAUGGUGGUCUCCUUUUUUGAGAGUCUUUUUAUCACCCAGCCUUUAAAGGUUCUUGGAUUUGCUGCUUUCUUUGCCCUCGUCCUGAAGAAAGUUGACCAGGAAGAAUACGGAGAACCAGCCAUAGAAGAAAGUCUCAGAAGCCCAGGUAGUUUUAUUUUGUAUCCUUCAAGAAGAGACAGCACCUGCAGUUUCUAUAAACCACCACCUCCCACUGAUAUCGAGAAGAUGCGGAACAACAUGAUUAAAGAGCAAAAAGUCUUUGCACUCAUACGGGAGAUAGUUGUCUAUACGGGAUUUAUGUGGAUGUUACUCCUGGUGGCAUACGGUCAGAGGGACCCCAACGGCUACUUUCUGACUCAACACAUUCGCAAGAGCUUCAGCAAAGGCAUCUCAGACACAAUGAGCAUUCAAGAUGUCUUCAACUGGGCAAACACGACUCUGCUGAGCAACUUGUUUGGAGAGUACCCAGGAUUUAUCACUGAUGGAAACUCAAGGCUUGUGGGCAACGCUCGUCUCCGCCAGGUGAGGGUGCAGAAAAACUCUUGCCACAUAGCUCGAUCCAUGCAGGAGUCUAUCCCGGACUGUCACACUCCGUACUCAUGGGAGCUGGAGGACAUGGGCUCCUACGGCCCAGGUUGGACUCGACCUGUAGGUCGUAAUGCUUCAACGAACAUUCACGACCCGUGGAAGUACAAGUCUCAGCGUAAACUGAGGGCCUACCCCAUCUGGGGCAAUGUGAAGUUCUACAGAGGAGGAGGGUUUGUGAUGGAUCUGGGGCCAGAUUUCCAAAACUCCAGCAGAACCCUUCAGUACCUUUAUGAGAACACCUGGUUUGACGUGUACACCCAAGCAAUCUUUGUUGAGUUCACUGUGUACAAUGCCAAUGUCAACCUCUUCUGCAUCGUCACACUCGUGCUGGAGACCACAGCAACAGGAGCGUUCCAGUUCUGCAGUGAACUUCAGACUGUGCGUCUUUACCAGUCGACCGGUGGCCUUCACAUCUUUGUCGUGGCUUCUGAAAUCAUCUACUUUCUUUUCAUCAUCUAUUACAUGUUUGUUCAGGGAAAGUUGAUGAGGAAACAGAAAUGGACUUAUUUCAAGAAUAAGUGGAACCUGCUCGAGUUGGCGAUCAUCAUUCUCAGCUGGAGCGCCCUGUGUGUUUUCAUCAAGAGGACUUUACUCGGGAACAGAGACAUGAACUAUUACCAGAACAACAAAGAGCAGUUCGUCAGUUUCCAUGAAACAGCCAAGGCCGAUGCAGUGCUUGGAUAUCUGAUUGCCUUUCUGGUACUGCUGGCUACAGUCAAACUGUGGCACCUGCUGAGACUGAACCCCAAGCUGCACAUGAUUACAGCCACACUGCAGCGAGCUUGGACUGAUAUUUCAGGCUUCCUGGUGGUCAUGACCAUCAUGUUUCUGGCCUACUCUAUUGCUUCUAACCUGAUGUAUGGCUGGAAGCUGUACUCCUAUCGGACUCUGCUUGAUGCUGUGCAGACCAUGGUCAGCUUGCAGCUUGGUAUUUUUAACUAUGAAGAGGUACUAAAUUACAAUCCAGUGCUCGGUGCUUUCCUCAUCGGGUCCUGCAUCGUGUUUAUGACCUUUGUGGUGCUGAACCUCUUCAUCUCCGUCAUUCUGGUGGCAUUCACUCAGGAGCAGAUACAUCACAAGCCGUCAGAAGAGGAUGAGAUUGUGGACCUGAUGCUAAUGAAAAUCUGCAGUUUGUUUGGAAUCAAAUGUAAGAAAGAAGGAGACGGCCUGACCGGGACGCCAGACACGUCGUCUGCGCCGAAUAACACACUCUCAACUAUUUCUUCUGGGAAUAUUCAUGAUGGAUGA